CCUCUCUCAAUGUUUACAUUGGAUGGAGCGUCUAACAACCUUAAUUUUUUUUUUAUUUUUAAUUUUAUGACAGAAAAUACGUAGUAUAAAUUACACCCGCCAAAACUAUAUCCUAUCACGCGAUUCCACGUAUUCAAAUUAUUACCGGAUUACCACGCAAUUUUUUAUUUUUUUUUUAAAUAUAGAAAGUCAUCCAUAAUUCAUAUCAAAGAAACUUUUCGCCAAAAAAAUCUCGAAAAAAUCCCAAAAAAAAAAAAAAAAAAAAAAAAUCAGUCAAAAUGCAAAGAAGAUCGGAGAAGAUGAAUCAUACCGGGGAGGAAGAAGAUUUGUCAGAGAAUUUAUCAAUCAUGAACCGUCGGAUCGAACGGCUGAGAUUGCAUCUGCACCCAAUAAUCAUCAAGAAUGAAAUUGAAUCAUCAAUGGAGGUCGAAAGAUGCAGGGGAGAAGGAGGAGGAGAGAGAGAGAAGGGGAAGAAGGCAUCCAUGGAAGUAAAUAUGGAAGCUUUAUCAGAUUAUAUGAGAGGAAAAUACAGAGAUAUUCAAGAAAAAGUGUAUGAAUAUUUUAAAGGAAGACCAGAACUUCAAACCCCAAUUGAAAUCUUAAAAGAUGAUCAUAGAGAAUUGUGUUUGAAACAGCUUCUGGGUUUGGUUAGAGAAGCUGGAAUUCGACCUUUUCGAUUUGUUGUUGAUGAACCUUCUAAAUAUUUUGCGAUUCUUGAAGCUGUUGGGGGUAUUGAUAUGUCUCUUGGGAUUAAAAUGGGUGUUCAAUACAGUUUAUGGGGAGGCUCAGUGCUGAAUUUGGGAACUAAAAAACAUAAAGAUAAGUACUUUGAUGGAAUUGACAACCUUGAUUAUAUGGGUUGUUUUGCUAUGACAGAACUUCAUCACGGCUCAAAUGUCCAGGGCCUGCAGACUGUUGCAAUGUUCGAUCCCAUCACAGACGAAUUCAUUGUAGACACACCUAAUGAUGGGGCCAUCAAAUGGUGGAUUGGAAAUGCAGCAGUUCAUGGCAAGUUUGCUACAGUCUUUGCAAAGCUAAUGUUGCCAUCUCAUGAUGCAAAAGGUGUUACUGAUAUGGGUGUCCAUGCCUUCAUUGUUCCUAUUCGGGAUAUGAAGACUCAUGAAGUUCUUCCAGGGAUUGAAAUACAUGACUGUGGUCAUAAGGUUGGCCUGAAUGGAGUGGAUAAUGGAGCUCUGCGAUUCCGUUCUGUGAGAAUCCCCCGAGAUAACCUGCUAAAUCGCUUUGGGGAUGUUUCACGUGAUGGCAAGUAUACUAGCAGUCUUCCCACCAUCAACAAACGAUUUGCAGCCACCUUAGGAGAACUUGUAGGGGGACGAGUUGGCCUUGCUUAUUCCUCCGUUGGUGUGCUUAAGAUUGCAUCCACUAUAGCCAUUAGAUACUCUCUUUUAAGACAGCAAUUUGGGCCUCCAAAGCAACCGGAAGUUAGUAUUCUUGACUAUCAAUCUCAGCAGCAUAAGCUGAUGCCCAUGUUGGCAUCAACCUAUGCAUUCCACUUUGCAACACUAGAUCUGGUAGAUAAGUAUUCCGAGAUGAAGAAGACACACGAUGAUGAGCUCGUGGGUGAGGUCCAUGCUCUUUCUGCUGGUCUAAAGGCAUAUGUGACUUCAUUUACUGCAAAGUCGAUAAGUAUCUGCAGAGAAGCCUGUGGGGGUCAUGGUUAUGCUGCUGUGAACAGGUUUGGCAGCUUAAGGAAUGAUCAUGAUAUAUUUCAGACAUUUGAAGGUGAUAAUACAGUGCUUCUGCAACAGGUUGCAGGGGAUCUAUUGAAAAGGUACCAGGAGAAGUUCCAAGGGGGUGCUAUUGCAGGGACAUGGAACUAUUUGAGAGAGUCGAUGAAUGCGUAUCUCUCUGCUCCGAAUCCUGUGACCGCUCGUUGGGAAGGUGAAGAGCAUCUUAGAGAUCCACAAUUUCAGCUGGACGCUUUCAGGUACCGAACAUCAAGGCUUCUUCAUAGUGCUGCAUUGCGUCUCCGAAAGCACUCCAAAACUCUAGGCACUUUUGGUGCUUGGAAUAGAUGCUUAAAUCACCUUCUUACACUAGCAGAGUCUCACAUUGAAUCUGUCAUACUUGCAAAAUUCGUUGAUGCUGUAAAAAGCUGUCCCGAUGAGAGCAGCCGUGCUGCUUUGAAACUUGCCUGCGAUCUAUAUGCAUUGGACCGUAUCUGGAAUGACAUAGGAACAUAUCGCAAUGUGGAUUAUGUAGCUCCCAACAAAGCUAAGGCUAUUCAUAAGCUGGUAGACUAUCUUAGCUUCCAAGUAAGGAAUGUAGCAAAGGAGCUAGUUGAUGCAUUUGACCUUCCAGACGAUGUCACUCGUGCCCCGAUAGCAAUGCAAAAGGAAGCUUAUACUCAGUAUACACAACAGGUUGGAUUCUAGAUCUGGAAACAGGGAUUGAUUGCCCAUAAAGCGGAGAAAAAUAUUCUAUAACUUUGUUGGAGGAUCGGUGUCUGUAUAUUUUUUAAAGAAAUGUGAAGGUAUUUCCCACGGCCAAAGUCAUUUUUCAUUCGUGGUAUCUUUGGGUGUGUGAAGGAUUGGAGUAGAAGUCCCUAUGAGGCUGUGACUAUGUGACAGUAGAAGACGCCCUUGCUGUUUUUGGCUUGGAGCAAAUGUAUCUAAAUCAUCUAACUCUUCUGCAUUUUAUGCACUUUGGUAUACCUAAGUGAGCAUAUUGUAUUGCCAGUUAAAAUAUUUAUUUAUAUUGGCUAUUCGUUUGGUUCAAACAAUUCUUUUAUGAAAAAUCAUUAAUUUCUUUGAA